GGAAGUGACAAAGAUAAUGAAAGUAGGCUCAAAAUUUUGCGUGAGCAACACAGCACAAAGCAGAGCAUAUGGAGACCAACAGCAGAGAAACACUACAGGCAGACUCCAAUGCAUUUGAUUUAUCUGAGGAGCUUGGAUUCCUCCUCAAAGAGCCACUGACGAACCUUCCAGACUAUUAUCGAGUGUGGCUGGACCUGGCGAAUAAUCUCACACAUCUGAUAGAGUCCCGUAAACUACGGGACAUGGUUCACAAGAUGCCUGUCUUGAGUCCAGAUCUCUUGACUAACCAUAGGGAGCUCAGGCUGGCUCACCUAGCGCUGGGAUUCAUCAGCAUGGGAUACGUGUGGCAGGAAGGACAACAUGCACCUGCUCAGAUUCUCCCAAAAGCUCUGGCCUGGCCUUAUUGGCUGGUAUCUCGCAGACUGGGCCUUCCACCCAUCCUGACUUAUGCAGACUCAGUUUUAGCCAACUGGAAGUUGAAGGAUCCCACAGGGGAUAUGGAAAUUGGGAACAUGGAAUUGAUCUUUUCCUUCCCUGGUGGUGAGAGUUGUAAAGGAUUUUUCAUUGUGUCAUUGUUGGUGGAGAUGGCUGCUAGUUCCGGCAUUAUGGGGGCUCUGGAAGUGAUGCAUGCUAUGAAAAUCUCUGACCUCAUUGGCGUACAGAAAGGUCUGGGCAAAGUAACUCAGUCUCUGAAGAAGAUGAAGGAAACUUUAAAACUCAUGCACAAUCAUGUGGACCCAACUGCGUUUCAUGGAACAUUGAGAAUUUUUGUCUCAGGGUGGCGAGACAACCCCAUGCUUCCAAAGGGGCUGUUGUAUGAAGGUGUGAGCAAUGAGCCAAUUUUGUUAUCAGGCGGAAGUGCAGCCCAGAGUUCAGCCAUUCAGUGCUUUGAUGCUUUGCUGUGCAUUCAGCAUGAGGAUGAGACAGGAGCCUUCCUGACACGCAUGAGGGAUUACAUGCCUCCUGCCCACCGUCAGCUGAUAGAAACUCUUUUUGUCUGUCCAUCUCUGCGAGACUUCAUCCUGUCCUGCUCCAGCUCUGAUAUCUGCCAGGCUUACAACUCCUGUGUCUCAGCGCUGGUGGAUUUACGGAACUACCACCUCAAUAUCGUGACCAAGUACAUCAUUGUGCCUGGUAACCAUGCACGCGCCAUGGGUUGCCCGCUCAGAGGUGUGGGCAACAUGCUUAACACCACAGGCACAGGAGGAUCCAGCCUCAUGGUCUUCCUCAAGAGCGUUCGCGAUACCACACAAAAAGCACUGAUCACAGAAACCAUCUGUAUUGAGAGAAACUGAAAUAUAAUUUAUCGUAUAUUUAAUAAUAUACACAAUAUCCAACACUUUGUUAUGUAUUUAUGAAAGGCUCACACAAAAAAGUCUUGACAAGUAGCACCACUAUUAUGCUAAUCAGAAAAAUGUAUUUGUCAUUAUUACAAUUAAAGUAUUAGUAAAUUAACUGUCAGCUGUAUACCUUAAUAGUGUAUGGUAAAUGUUUAUGGCACUUGUUAUGGCCCUUAGACAAAUGUAACAUUGAAGAGCAACUUAACACCAGCUGAUAAUAUUGUUUUUGCUGACCUUCAGUUGUUCAACUUCUCAUUUUGCUGUAGUUAUGUAGAACUGUGUUUCAUUACAUUGUGACAUCACUGUUGGGUUUGGUCCAAGGGGCGACAGACUUGAAACUUUCAACCAGAGAGGGUGAUAAAACACUUGUUUUUUUUGUUAAUAUUUUUACUUGAGAACUCAAUACUGCAAUACUUUGUACUUUACUUUUACAUAAUACUUUAUACAGUAUAAUCAUGCAGUAUGAUUGUAAAAACGUUCGCAGACCAUGCUGCAGAGAGGGACUAUGUUUAGUGUUGCAUUUUGUGUAUUAAAGAGGUACUGCAUACUUAAA